CCCAAACAAGGGACAGUUUGGUGGUGAUUACUGCCGGAUGGUUCAAACUAAGUGGAUUUUCUCUGUAUAUCAAACUUAAAUCACAAUGUCUCAGGACCCGUGGUUGCAGAACUAUGAUGCCACUUGUCGCUUGGCACAGGAAAUAGCAGAAAACAUUCAUGAACGAAGCAGGCAGCAGAGAACAGGGGGGAACCCUGCAAAGAUCAACAUGACACUACGAGCAUCGCUGCAGAAACUCAAACAGAACAUCGCCCAGCUUAAAGAGGGUCUGUUGCGAGCAUCAUCAUCCCGGCGCUUAAUACAGUCAGAAGCUGAUAGGAGGCAGAACCUAAUUGAUGACCUGCUAACCCGAGAGAAGCAACUCAAUGCCACCUUCAAGGGCGACAUCCCGGAGCCUGAACCUUCCAGGUCGACGUUGAUGGGUGCAGGGGCAGGGACGAGCGGAGGUGUCGCCACCAACCCCUGGCUGAUCAACGAAUCAGAGGAGACCAGAGGGCUGACCUUUGGAGAGAUCAAACAGCAGCAACAACGAAUCAUUGAAGUCCAGGAUGCAGGCCUGGAUGCACUAGCAGCUGUCAUCAGCCGACAGAAGAUAAUGGGCCAGGAAAUAGGCAAUGAGCUGGACGAACAGAACGAAAUCAUUGACGACCUCGCACAUCUUGUGGACAACACAGAUGACAGGAUCCGCAAUGAGACGCGAAGGGUGAAGCUGGUGGAGACAAAGUCAGCCUCAUGUGGGAUGCUGGUGGUGAUCGUGCUGCUUCUUAUAGCCAUCAUAGUGAUCGCCGUGUGGCCUGUGUAGCUGACGAGGACAGCAGUGACCACGGACCUGCGCUGAACGACUACAACAAUGUUUGGUACAGAAUACCAGUUUGAAACUUUUUGCAUCUACAGUGCACAUGUACAGUCAUUUAAACACUGUCUCUUAUGAAAUUUUAUUUUCUUAUUCUUUCUCUUCAUAUUGAGACAACAAUCACUGGUGGCUGCCCAACCAAGUCAAUGUGAAGUAAAGUUCAGCAGCACUGUAACAAUUUUCCACACAUUAAUUUUUCGGUUGGGUGAAAGUCAUUAGUAACCGUACAGGAGAUGUUUUUUCUGUUUUGUUUUUUUAAUAGAAUAUAUUGCUUAGGUGUAAAUUCUCCUCUUUAACAGCUGUUUAAGUGUCUGGCUCAUUAAAUUCACAAUGUAUCAAAUAGCUAAAUUAUUUGGAGGGUUGUAAGCCUUUUGACAAAUAUUUUUAGCCUGGAGGGUAAUGAAUGUUGACCCCACAGUAGGACCUCCCGCAGGUAUCAGGAGCUUUUCCUCUCAUAAGUCUGUCUGUGGUCUCAGCUCAGGCUCACACUGGGCUCAGUAAUUCCGCAAGCUUUGCAAUAUUCACACUCACUCAUAUUUAUCCAUGCAUUACUGCAGCAGCUGUAAUGUUAUCAUUUGUCUUGGGAUUUCAUAACGUUUGUGGAAUAGCUCUCAGCCAAAACAAACAGCUCGGCUGUGUAACUAACAUGGCUGUUUUCCUUCCUUGUAAAUCAAUUCAGCUUGUAAUUUCUAUUAAAUGACAUUUCCAGUUAAUAGUC